ACAGGGAGCACAACGCAGCUGCCAGCGAGCCCAGGAUAGCAUCCUGCAUCUCUGCAGAGCCUUUUGCUUAGGAACAUCGAGGAAACAGAAACCAAACAAAUUAUGUUCUUCAGAUUGUGGUGGCUUUUGUGGAUACUUGAACACCAUGAGGUUUUAUCAGAAAAUCUCAGGGAAGAAGAAAAAUACAGAUUGAGAAGACCAAAACCUAAACAGAUUCUGUCAAAUAUUGUAGAAAAAUAUCCCAGCCCAAGUGAUCAAGAUGAAGACUGCAUUCUGGAAAUUGCUUUUUUACUGGACAGCUCUGAAAGUGCUAAGGACUAUAAUCACGAACAGCAGAAAAAAUUUGUACUGGAACUUGUAGACAGAACAAAAAGUCUGCAGCUUAGUUCUGGACGUACCCUUAGCUGGAGGAUGGCCUUACUUCAGUACAGCAGCACUGUUUUCAUAGAGCAGAAUUUCCAUGAUUGGAAAGGUCCUGAAGCAUUCAAAUCCCACAUUGCUCCCAUCACCUACAUAGGUCAUGGCACCUAUACAACUUAUGCUAUAACUAACCUCACACAACUCUAUAUGACUGAAGGGACACCAGGUAGUGUGAAAGUAGCUAUGCUCUUCACCGAUGGAGUAGAUCAUCCAAGAAACCCAGAUAUUUUUGCAGCUACAGCUGAUGCUAAACACCAUGGAAUUGUAUUUUUCACAAUGGGAAUGACCAGAGUGGCUGAGGAGGUUAGCAAUGCUGCCAAGCUGCGGCUCCUGGCCAGCGUCCCAGCAUCCAGGUUUGUUUUCAACCUCCAGGAGAAAGAAACUGUGGAGAAGGUUCUCAAAGAAAUGAAAGAUCUGUCUGAGGAAGAGUGUCCCCAAGCUGCCACAUGUAACUGUGAGAAGGGGGAAAGAGGACUUCCUGGCCCUGCUGGUAAAAAGGGCCGCACUGGGGAUGAUGGAGCUCCAGGCCUGAAAGGAGCAAAGGGGGAGCCAGGUCUUAAUGGAAUCCCAGGACGAGAUGGAAUAGAGGGUGAAAGAGGUGAAUGUGGAAUCCCAGGGACAAAAGGAGACAGAGGUCCUGAAGGUCCAGUAGGCCCCAGAGGAACAAGAGGGCUACAGGGUCCACAAGGACAAACUGGAGAUCAAGGGCCUGAAGGCCUGCAAGGAUCAAAGGGUGAAAGAGGUCUCCCUGGGCCACCUGGCUUGCCUGGAGAGACUGGAAUAGGACUGCCAGGCCCAAAGGGUGACACUGGUUUGACAGGAAGACCAGGCCCUGUUGGCCCACCUGGAGUUGGUGAGCCAGGACUUACGGGGCCUCAAGGACCACAAGGUGUUCAAGGAGAAAGAGGUUCACCAGGAGAAGGGCUUCCAGGAGCAAAGGGAGACCGUGGUUUUGAUGGACCAAAGGGCCCUCGUGGACUUCCAGGCAUCAGCAUAAAAGGUGAAAAGGGUGAAUUCGGUCCUCCUGGUUUACCUGGGCCAAUUGGAUUACCUGGAAUUGGAAUCCAAGGAGAGAAGGGAGUGGAGGGCCCAAAAGGACCACCUGGCUCUAGAGGGCUACCAGGACAGGGACUACCUGGACAAAAGGGUGAACAAGGCUUGCCAGGAGAGACUGGAGUGCCAGGAGAAAGAGGUAUUGGAGAACCUGGCUCUAAGGGUGAGCCAGGCCCUUCAGGACUGGCAGGUCUGCCUGGUCUUCCAGGAGAAGAUGGAGCCCCUGGACAAAAGGGUGAACCAGGGUUACCUGGUCUUAGAGGUCCUGAAGGUACUCCAGGGAUCGGAAUCCAGGGGGAAAAGGGAGAUCAAGGUCAGAGAGGUAUACGUGGAUUAACAGGACCAACAGGAGUACCUGGACCUGCUGGAGAUAAAGGGGAGCCUGGUGCACCAGGACGUCCUGGAAUGCCAGGCCCUCCUGGAAGAGCUGUGCCUGGACCAAAG